AUGCCCGGCGGCGCGAGAGAGCGCCAGCGGCCGAGGCCGCCGCGGGGCGCGGCCGCGGAGGCUGCGAGGGGGGCCCAGUUGCUGAUCGACCUCAAGUACGCCAACCAGCUGCCCAAGCCUCCAGUGCCGAAGCUGCUGAGGGCGCUGCCCAGCGCCGAGAGGCUCUUCCAGUACCGGCCCACCUCGCUCGAGCUCGACCACCGCCCGUUCCUCCUGGCCGAGGAGGAGCUGCUGAACCGCCUGGAGCUCGUCGACCCCGAGGCCUACGGGGAGCCCUCCGUGCGAGGCUCCAUGCCGCCGCCUCCCGCGCCCGUGGACGCGCAGCUGCUGCGCGACGACGACGUGGGGCAGGAGGUCCGGGAGGCGGAGCUGAAGCGCCGGCGGCUGACGGAGCGCACGGAGGCGUCGCACCGGCAGGCGUUCGGCCUGCAGCUGCCGCUGCUCAUCACCAACGACGUGUUCACGGAGCGGCAGCGCCACACCACGGGCACCGAGGCGGCGGAGAAGAAGCUGGAGCGGCACCCGCCUGGCUUCGCCUCGGUGCAGGAGCUGGCGGACAAGAUAGAGCAGUCCUUCGUGGCCGCGCAGGAGGCACCCGUCCACCCCACCAAGCCUGGGAUGCGAGCCAAGCGCGUCCUCCCCAUCGUUCCAGACGCGGUGUUGUGGACAAACCGUUAUCGGCAGGUGGUAUUCGACGAGGUGCCCGUGGACCCGUCGAGGAACGAUCUGCUGUUCAAGACGACGCCCAACCCACGGUCGACGUGCUUCGGCUUCUUCUCCCCAGUAGACGGCACAGAGCUCGGCUCUUACAGCCUCAUGCAAAAUUACGUGUGGAGCAACCGUGGCGAGUUCACCCGCCGUAACGCGUGUGGAGAGGGCCAGGCGAUCUUACUCUCAUUUCCCAGAGAAGCCACCUCCGAGGACAGCAAGGAAAGUGCGGCCGGCGAGGUCAGAUUCGUGCAGGUGCCGACUCUGAUGAGGCUAACGAAGCAGAAGGCCAUGCGCCUCGACCUCAGCCUCGACCUGCAAGCGCUCAGCGUGAAGCACCGCGACCAGACUCCCGCUGAGAUCGAGGCGGAGGCCCCGGUGGCCCGCCAGGUGCUGGUGGACGAGGCGGAGGAGGUGGACAAGUCCGAGGCGAGCCUCGACUACAUCGACGGCCAGUGGGUCAUCCACCAGGACCCGCGGUCGCAGGGCAAGUCCUCGCUGUCGAGGCCCACGGGGGCAGAGAGCAGCGCGCUGGAGAGCCAACUCCUCCGGAGCGAGGCCGGUGACUCGGCCGGGCGCGCGCUGGGCUUGUUCGCGGGCCCGCGGCUCGGCCAGGUCGGGGCGGCGCCGGCAGGGUGCCAGCGCGAAACGAUGCACGCAGUGGCGGCGGGGGCCUCGUGCUGGACCAGGGGCUUCGAGUACGAGUUCUGCUGCGUGCCGCCGGCGGGCUUCGCGUCAUGCUUCGACGGCGUGGCGUUCACGUACGAGGGCUGCUGCUCCGUCCCCGGCGUGCGCCCCGCCAACACGACCCCGCGGCUACCGGCGCUACCCUCGCGGCCACGCCCGGCGCCGGAGGCGCUGAAGGUAGACCUGGUCGUCCGGGCCUGCGGCAAGCACAGAGACCAGCUGGAGGAGCUGUUCCGCUCCCUGGAGGUCUUCUGGCCCUUUCGGCGCUGGCAGUCGCGGGUGCAUGUAGUGCUCGACGCGGAGAGCGAGCUGGAUCGCAGCUUGUGCGCGCGCGAGGGCAGGAACCCUUGGCCGCAGUGGGUGCACUGCGUCAACGAGGUGCUGCCUGCCGCGUUGGCCGACGCGACGGGCGCUGUCCGCGCGCAGUUCGGGCUCUUCCUGGCCGACGUGUACGCGCCUGGCGCCGACUUCGUUGCAGUGGUGGACUCGGACUGCGUCUUUCACACCUUCGGGAUCCCGGAGCUGUCGAUCGUCUGGGACAGGGCUGGCCGGCCGAGGCCGGUGGUGUUCGGGGCCUGGCACGUGCAGUACUUCGACCAGCCGCGCGCCCUGGGGCUCCCGUGGACGGCGGAGUUCAUGCACACGCCCUUCAUGCUGGUCAGGAAGGAGCACUACGCCGCCGCCCGGGCCUUUGUCGCGCACCACGUAGGUGUUCCUGGUGGCACCGCGUACGGUGAGGAGACCGUCCCGGCGGAGGCACCGCUGGCCGACCGCUUCGACGCCGUCGCGACCUCCUUCGGGCCCGCGUACGCCGCCCUCACAGCGAGGAUCAGGGAGCGCUCGCGGAAGUGCUGGUGGAGGCAGGGCUCCCACCGAGGACAGGAAGGCGAGGAUCCGAUCUUCCACCAGCUCAUGGGGCACUACCUGUACCACUUCAGGAGGGGCAGCUACCACUGGUCUGUCCGAGACGGGCUCCCGCUGGGGCUGGACCCGGUGCACACGUGCCCGUCGCUGCUGGCCGUGCGCCACCUGAGCAACUUCAAGGACCGCGGGCCUCGCAGAAGGAGCCGGCCACUGGCGCCGUGGGAGGAGCGCGCGUGGGCCGAGGGCUACCGCGCCGAGGCUCGCGCCGCCGUGUGGGCCGGCCUCUGCGCCGCGGCCAGCGCGCUGCGGCAGGCCCCGGGCGCCGAGGAGGACGCCCACGGGUCGGGCGUGGCUGGCCGUGCAGACGACGAGGUCGAGGAGCUCGUCCAGGCCUGCAACUCGCGCGGCACGAUGGUGAACCACUCUCACGCGCUCCUGUGCCACGAGCCGCACGCGCACGGGCGGGGAUGGGACGGGCCGUCGCAGGCACACUGCGGGCGCCGCGGCAGCGCGAGCCUGCUGGCGCAGUACCGCGCGCUGCUGCCGCACGCGGCCGCCCUUGACGGUCUCCCGGCAGGAUUUCCGGGGAGGAGACCUGCAACGUGAACGUUCGAAGAAGACAAAGUGCCAUUACAUAAUUUUUCUUCUAGACAUACAUGCCUCGGGCAAAGCUAUUCAGCGAACACGCGUACCACAUUCGUCCGUCAACGCUAUCCUCACAUCGCCUCCCAAGUCGGCGGUGGCUCUGAUGAUAUGCCCUUCGACCAGAGUCUUCCUCGCGCGUGCUAAUUUUGAACUUGGGGAGAGAGAGAGAGAGAGAAAGAUAUAUAUAAAGAGAGAGAGAGAGAGAGUGUGCCCAUUAAUUGUUUUAAUCGAACGUAUGGAGACGAAUGUCGAGAUCGCCAAGCUCGAAGCCGAGCUCGAGUCAGCCAAGAAGCAUGCCGCUGGACCUUCUGGCGGCGCCGGUGGGAUCGGCGUCCUCGGGGAGGUCCACAGGCUCAACUUGAAGGGCGCGGCAGAGGACCUCGUCAGGGUGGCGUGUUGUAGAGCACGGCUGCACCAGGAAGGAGGUUGGAUACGCGUGGCGCGGCCGGCCUGGUUGUGAUCUGGAUAGACAUGCGGCCGCACGUCUUUCCGGCGCUCGUCCCUCCAGGCACGCCGGCCUUCCGCAUGUGUAUCCAGCGCGUGGCCCCCAGAUGUUCCACAUGUGGGUGCAGCCACGUGUGUGUUUCCAGCUUCUGGUACCUCGUCGGUCUGCGUCCUCCUACCCCUCUGCAUGAUCGCAGCAUCGCCAUCGUCAUACCGCCUGGCUCUCUGCCGACAUCCUUUUGCGAUGCCAGAUCUUUAGGUUGUAGAGUUUCUCCACGAUGGACUCUGAGUGGGCGCCUCGGCC